AACAACGGAAUCGAGUGGCCCGGCUACUUCUUAUGUGGUUCGACGUCCUCGGCGUCCCCUCAACGCGACCGAUAAGCUGGGAAGGAAGCGAGAUGGAGACGGCGUUUCAGGAUGGCAAGGAGGAAGUUAUCCAAGCUUGGUAUAUGGAUGACAGUGAGGAAGACCAGAGACUUCCCCAUCACCGUGAACCCAAGGAAUUUGUUUCAUUGGACAAGCUUGCAGAACUGGGAAUUGUCAGCUGGCGCCUGAAUCCUGAUGACUAUGAGAAUGAUGAGGAUUUGAAAAAGAUCCGUGAAGCCAGGGGAUAUUCUUACACGGAUAUAUGUGAUGUGUGCCCAGAAAAGUUGCCAAAUUAUGAGGCUAAGCUGAAGAGUUUCUUUGAAGAGCACCUGCAUACAGAUGAAGAAAUACGUUAUUGCCUUGAAGGAAGUGGUUAUUUUGAUGUGAGAGACAAAAAUGAAUGCUGGAUAAGGAUAGCAGUGAAAAAAGGAGGCAUGAUCGUCUUACCUGCUGGAAUCUAUCAUCGUUUCACACUUGAUACGAACAACUAUAUUAAGGCGAUGCGGCUCUUUGUCGGUGAGCCAGUUUGGACACCCUAUAACCGUCCCCAUGAUCAUCUCCCUGCCAGGCAAGAAUAUCUUAACUCUUUUGUUAUCAAUGAAGCUGGUGACCGGGCUGUCGAAGCUCGUUGAUGUCUACGGAGGACCAAAUCCCGGACCAUUAAAUGUGAAGCCCGAAGAAAAUGUGCUUAAAUAAUAAUAACAACUUGUUUUUUAUGUCUAUGAAGUUGUUGAAUUUGAUGGCAAAUAUCAACCUAUUUAAAAACUGCUUGUGGUCAUUAAUGUAGUUCAUGUUAUGGAGUGGUUUGCUAAAGGAAUGGUGAUGUUUGUAUGCUA